GAGAUUCUCUGAGCAUACCCCAACAAGACUAGCUACAGCACAUACAUAGUGUCUCUGGUUGUGAAAAGAGCAACACUUUUCUGAGCCCUCACCUGUGCUCUCCACCAGCCUUCAAAAAUGGGGAAUGCCAAAAGCAGUGCUAUGUCCAAGGAGAUCCUGGAGGAUCUCAAACUCAACACCAAAUUCUCAGAGAACGAACUGUCGCAGUGGUACGAGAACUUCCAGAAGCAGUGUCCGUCCGGCCGUAUCACGCCUGAAGAGUUUAAAAAGAUCUACGAACGCUUUUUUCCAGAAUGCGACACCACCUCAUACGCCCAGCAUGUCUUCCGCUCCUUUGACACCAAUGAUGACGGAACGCUGGAUUUCAAGGAAUACAUUAUCGCUCUACAUAUGACAUCAACCGGGAAGACGGAGCGCAAGCUGGAGUGGGCCUUCUCACUCUUCGAUGUCGACAAAAAUGGCUACAUCACCAAGUCAGAAGUUGCAGAAAUCUGCCAGGCUAUUUUUAAGCUGAUUCCCAAAGAGGACCAAGAAAAUCUGCCAGCCGAUGAGAACACUCCUGACAAGAGAGCAGACAAACUGUGGUCGUACUUCAAUAAAAAGGAUAACGAACGAUUGGCUGAGGGCGAGUUUAUUCAGGGUAUUCUGGAGAAUGAAGGCGCUAUCCACCUUAUUCAGUUUGAGCCCCAUAAGAAAUAAUACUAA